UCUGAAUAAUAUAAAUUUUAGGUUUCGAAUUUAUUAAUGCAAAUUCAAUUAAAGUUAAGUACACAUAAAUUUAAACUCAAAUGUCAUGGUCACAAACCAUACUUAUAAUGCCUUGGACAGAGAAUUUGAUAUGUUUUGGUCAAGAGUCAAUUGUUAUGUUGUGCUGAAUUUUCCGUAUGAAGAUAGAUGUGAAUUUGUGAAAAAGGCUAAUUGCUUAUCCGGAACGAAUUUUGUGCCAUACAUACAGUUAUUAGCCUGUAACUUCAAUUGUAAAAAUCGAUUUGAGGAGUUUGCCUUCGUGUCCGUCUUCCUGUUGCUAUGCGUCGAGUUGCUGCUCCUUCUCGGCUAUGCGGUCCAUUAUUACUUCAGUCCAGCGUUGAAGGUCGCUACGCGGAUGCUCCACAUGAGCGAACAUCUCGCUGGCGUGACGGUAUUGACCCUUAGCAAUUCAAUGCCGAAUCUGUUUAGUAAUAUGAUGGAUCUUAAAGAAGAGGUGCCCGUAUAUGCCAAUUGCCUCUCAGAGGCAUUGUUUGUGGUAAUGUUCGUAGGGGGAUGGAUUUGUUAUAUUAGUCCGUUUAAGAUGAACUCUUCUUCAACCUUGCGCGAUCUACUCUUCUUGCUCUUAGGUGUGCUUCUUGUGGAAUAUUUAAUGCAGACAGACGGAGUAAUGACAAUGCCCGAAAUCAUCGGAAUACUAUUUUUCUUCCUUCUUUAUAUAAUCAUCAAUGUUGUCGAUGUGUAUCUCGUAAGCUUGGCCAUGAAGGCUUAUAAGAACGAAUUAGAAGAACUAAAUAGUAUGAAACAAACAGAGGAGAUUGCAGCAAAACGCGAAAUAUUGAAAAAAAAAUAUAAUUCAAUUGCAGCGGAUCACCGCGUGCAUAUAUUGAAAAGGAAGCCGACAUACAUCAGCAAUAAUUAUGAUAAGUUCAGCUUUAUAACUACACGAUCGACAGUACAUGUAACCCUUGAGAGGGACUCUGCUUCUCGCUCUGAUAUGUACAAUAUGGAUGCUAGUAGGAAUGCCAAUCUCUUUACGGACUUCUUCUGUGCAUUCCGGCCCGUUGCUUUAGCUGAUUGGCGCAAGGCUAAUAUGCUUAUGCGCAUCUUUUAUAUUGUCAGGGCUCCCGCAGUAAUAGUAUGUGUGAUAUAUAUACCUUUGGUAGAUUACGAGUUGGAUAAAAAUGGCUGGAGCAAGCUCCUGAAUUGCCUGCAUAUUGUCAUUAAUCCGGCGAUCACAAUCAUAUUUGGAAAGGCUUUGAUGUUCAGAGAUAGGUCGAGGCUCUGGUAUUACAAUAUACCUGAUGAUUGCAUAUACGGCUUUUACUCGUUUGCAAUAACAAUUCCAAUUGCUAUUUUUACGUUUUGGCACUCGAGAACCAGUGCCCCGCCAGCAUAUCAUUGGUUAUAUAUAAUCAUGAAUCUGACUGGAUCUAUGUUUUUGACUUUUCACUGUGCCUGUGAAAUUUCUCUGAUAAUGGAUGUUUGUGGUCACAUAUUAAAGGUUCCGUCCGACUUCAUGGGUGUAACAGUAAAAGCCGUUGCCGACUCUAUUCCUGAUCUGAUAGUCAAUACUUCGAUGGCUUUGCUUGGGUAUGAAAAAAUGGCCUAUGCAGCAUCAAUUGGAAGUUCUUUCUGCGCUUUAAUUCUGACUACAAGCACUGUGAUGGCAGCCAAGAGUCUCACCGGCAAAAUUGUUACGGCUAGCAGUAUGACCGGAAGGUAUGGUGAUAAUGCGUAUAUCCUGAUAAUUCUUGGUAUUCUUUCAACUCUGCUGUGGACAGCGUUGUUAAAUUUCAAUGCUCGCCGUUCUGUUGGCUUAUUUUCAAUGUUCAUCUAUCUGCUCUAUCUAAUUUUUGUGGUACUUAUUAGAGCCGGAAUUAUCCAUCAAUUCGCAUAUGACAGCUUUCUCUCCGAUGCCUAUGAACCCUAGAAUGAGCGGUGUGUGCAUGUUCGUCAGCAAAACAUAUCAUAUAAAUUCAACCAGUAUAUAAUUUUAAAUAAACUAGAAUUACAUAAUACAAAAUAUUUGCAUUUUUCUAAGCAACUACAGUUGAGCGUGGUCGACAACAAAGUCCCCUGUAGAUCUCACUUAGUCAACAAAAUAAUUUGAAUUUUAGCCGCGUAGCCCUAUAAAAUUUCAAUAAAUGACAUUCAAAUGUACGAAAUGUACCAAAUCUCAAGAUUCGGUUCACUUUUAAGGCAAGGAGCGGAAGUUAUUCGAAUAGUGAAAUCUGUCUCAUCUCCGAGAGUUAUUCACUUAUAAUAUUGAGUGUGGUAUAGGAGCAUAUAUAUUUCGAGGCUUUAACAUUGGUAGACGCAGAGGGUAAGGGGUUUUUAUAGUUCUACUUCUGCCAAAAAUAAAACUUUAUUGAAAAGCACAGCAUGAACUGAUCGGACUGACGAUGAGUUGACAGAACACUACCGUAUGGGAAUAUAUUUUAAAAAAAUUAAUGUAAUUAGUGAAUAAACGAAUCGACUUACGCGACAUACUCAUACCAUAAAAGUCAUUUAAGUUAUAUUAAAUGCUUGUCCUAUAUUUUGUUUAUACAGCAACUAUAUUCUGUUUACCUUUGCCGAAAAGAUAAAGUGCUUGGCAACUUGUGUAAAGCAGAUUUUUGUGAAUGCAGCAAAUGAAAAUGUUUUCAGGUGCAAAAUAUUUUAUAAUCUUACAAAAUUGUUGCAUUCACUUAUUAUUGAAGCUUCGUUAAUGAAAAGAAUUGUGUGAAUUUAUUUGUUUUAUUUUGGGUUAUCAAUAAAUUGACUUUCAAAUUUGCUAGUAGCUUUUGGCUAAAUCAGCAAAACAACUGCAACUGAACGAGUUUUCCCUGAACACAGAAAAAUAACAAUGCCAUGGAGAAGCUGAAAGCAAUUUCCAAACAACUUAGAAAACAAACAGCAACAGCGAAAUAAAAAAAAAAUUGAGAGAUAGACAUUCGAAAAUAUUUCCUGGUAAACAACAGCUGAAACUCCAACUGCAGCUCGAACCGUAAGUGCAACUGCGACUGCAGUUGCAAUUGCUCAGUUGAGCCAGGGAAAUAAUUGUAAUUGACACUGGAAAUGUUGCUGCUGCUCUUUGGGAUGCUGAUUAUACAGUCUUCUUGGCCUUCGAGUCAUCAGUUUGCCGUGUGAUGACGCGUCAUUUUGUCAUGGUUUAGUAAGUUUCAUUUAAUUGCCCCCGCCUGGAGGGGGUUACAGCUCUUGCUCGGUGCGAAACAUCCAAAGUUCAUUUGCGCAGUCUCUAAUGCAAAUAAUAGAAUUUCAUUAAAUUAACAAACGACACGCAAAAUUCAUCUUACAUUCAGACAAAGUCCAACUACAGCUCCGACUCCGCAAAGCGAAGUAAUUAAUUGAUGAGCAGCCAUAGGAAUUAACCCCUCAGUCCCCUCAGAUGGCAAAUAGCUUAAAGUGGCUGCGUUAAAUGACGACUUUUGUACGUGCAAUGUCAUAGGCCAUUAGCUGGCUGGCUGAGUUUGGCGCUCGCCCCAGCUACGCACUUUAUAGUUGGCCACAUUUGUGGGUCACAUGCAACAGUUUGUACGCAGCCCAACCUCGUUACUAUCAACGGGCUUUCAACGUUCCGAAUCGAUAAAAUUGUGUGUGCUUGUGUGUGUCUGGUUUCUGGGUGUGCUUGGAAGGCUCUUAAAACAAUUCAAGCCAGCAAUUAGUUUGCACGAGCAGUUGCCUACAUUUCUCCGUGGCUAUCAAACAGCGUAUAAUUCGUAUGACGUGCCACCGCUUGAUGUUGACUUGCGCCUAUUUAUAGGCGAUACUUUUUCAACUGCAUCAUUCACUGCGUGCCACAACCACACUCGCGACGACCUUGAGUGCCACUGUACAAAACGCUUUGACUUGAUCUUGAUUAUGACAUGUUAUUUCGUUUUAAAUAAGCAGGCCAAUGGCAGAGGCUUAUAAAUAAUAAUAAAUUGCAAAAUAACUAAAUGCGGUUAAGACAAUAAUCCUUUAGUGCAAAACACAUAGAGGGAACAUCAGGCUGCUUUAUUUUUGUUGUGCCUAUGGCCCGGUAAGAAACCUUCUUGCUGACUUGACGAAAAUGGUUAGGCCCAGCGGGGCCAAAUCGGACGACUAACCAAUUCUUAAAAUAAUAUGCGGAUGGCAUACUCACCAAGGCAGUCACAUAUGUCGGAUAGAGGUUUUCACAUUCUGUCUCUUCUCCUGUCUCUGGAGAUUAUUGUUUCUGCUGAAGUGUAGGAGUUUCAUACCAAGUUCUCAACUUCAAUAGUCGACAGGCCGACAGACAUGCAGCAGCCAAGGAUGUCAGUCGCAAUCCAAGCCGCUUGCUCACGUUAGCCAGAAUGGGCAGGAUCCAUAUGACUGCCAUUGAGCGGUGUUGGGUUUGGUUUCGAGCUGCCACCGAGCCGCUGAUGGGCUUGCUUUUGAUGGUGUGAAAUGACAGCACCUUAAUAUGAGCUUACGGGCGUGACGGCCUAGAUUGAUAGGUUCUUUAAAGUUUCUGUUCAAUUCAUAAUCGGUUAAGCCGCUUGCCAGACUGUAUCAUCCGUGAAACCCAAUUAUUAAGACUGGUUAACGGUAUGUAAUUAAUGUAAUCGUAUUAUUUCGACUACAAUUCAUAAGGUUUUCGAUGAAUAUCAAAGCAAUAAUACAAUAGGCCAAUCAGCUGAUCACAACUUUUUAUCGCACUCAUAUUUUGCAUAUAUUUUUGUUGUUUACUUAAUUGAGAAUCUUGUUGCUAAAUUUAUCAGUUUUACCAAGUAAAAGUAUCGAAGUAUCAAAGUA